AAAAUAAACCAGGAGAAACAGUUUAGUGAUUUACAGCACACGAUGAAGAUUCAUAAUUUGACGUUGGUGUUGCUGGUGGCGUUCGCAUCCGCCGCCAACUCGUAUUUGGGCAACAAGAUUCCACUUUUGGAGAGCAAGAAUCGAAGAAGCGGCGUAAGCUACUCGACGAGCAUCAUCCACAAGGACAGCAGAUACCCGGAUCAACACGCUCAAAGCACCAUCGACUUCAAACUGGGCACAGGUCCGAACCCUUCGAUCUCCGAAGACACCCAUCUGAAACCGUCAGUCUACCAGUACACGACGCCGAAGAGCGUCCAAGACUACAAGCAGGCAUCGUUCCAGACGACGAAAUUUCCGGCGCAGAAGCACACUUUCUUGAACUAUCCGCAGCAGCAGUCGCAAUCCUUCAACGUUGGCUACAGCGUGAAAUUCGGCAACGAUAGAAAGAGGAAACCGCAGCAGAUCUACGAACCGGACGUGAUCACCGGCAGUCACAAGGAGGAGGUGAAGAAUCCGUUUGCUGCCAGUUACGAUCAAAGACCCGAGCAGAAUCCGUUGGUUUACUACAGCCCAAAACCGAACUGGAAGAAUCUGAGUCCGACGGUGGAGAUUUACAGGAGCAAGGAGAUCGACGUGAACAAAUUUCAACCGGUCAAUUACAAGAACUUCGAUCACGAAAGGGCUCUCGGUAAGAGCGUCGGUUUCGAUUACAGCAACGCCGUGGAAAUCAACUCGCAACAACCUACUCACAUCAACUUCCCAUCGAAAAAAACUAAAUUGGACUUGAGCGCUCAAGGAAUUACUUACUCCGCUUUGGAGAGUAAAAAACCAAAGUUAGAUUUCACCCCGUUCUCUGGACUCGUCGAGGCGAAGAAACCCAAGUUAGAUGUUUCCGUUUACGAGCUGAAGAAACCCAAAUUCGCGCUCGACACAAGCUUAUUGCGAGAUCCGAUCUUGACCACCGGCAACAAAGUGUUGAACUCGAUCAGCUCACAGCAAAUCCCCAUCCAUUUCGAUACCACCUUGAUCAAGGAGAUGGGUAAGCAGAUCAAAGAACAACACCACAAGCAGCAGCUGAACCCGCAACAGUUCAACAAUCUUCUGCAAGAAGCAGGAAGGGAUUCGCAAAAGUACACCGUUUUCGAUCAGAAUCUGCAGCACCAAAUGUAUUCCGUUAACGAGAACGUGGAGGAGGGUCAAGCCAGUCAACCUCAACCCACCACCUACAAAGUCUUUGCGAAACCGCAGAACGAGUUCAUGAGACACGAAUACGAAAAGAGCAACAGCAAUAACAACAACAACAAUAGUAGCAGUAGCAAUCAGAAGAAGAACGAGAGGUUGAGGCAGGCCCGCAUCCAGCCCAAACGCGUUGUCCGACAUUUCGGGAUGGAGCGCGAUUUGAAACCGCCGCCCUUUGCCAACUACUACAUCAGAAACAGAAGGGUUCACUACUAAAUUUAGAAUUAAUAAAAACAACAAAAAUAUAUUAAUAGAAUUAUACCGAAGAAGAGGAAGAGUA